AUGGGAGGAUGGAACAUAAUCGCUAUCCUCCUCGCAGUCUGUGACUUAAUUGAAAUCACUGUUGCGUUGGUGUUACUGUAUCUUUGUUGCUUACGGAGGAAAACAAAGAAGCCAACUAGUUCAAGUGAUUCGGAAAAUUUUCUGAAGCUCUCUUACCAAUCACUUGUAAAAGCUACUGAUGGAUUCUCCUCUGGAAACUUGAUCGGUGAAGGCAGCUUUGGAUUAGUGUUCAAAGGAGUACUAAAUGAAGGUGAACGAACAGUCGCUGUCAAAGUACUAAACCUUGUUCGUCAUGGAGCUUUGAAAAGUUUCCUUGCUGAAUGUGAGGCCUUGAGAAACAUUAGACACCGUAGUCUUUUGAAAGUACUCUCUGUAUGUUCGGGUAUCGACUCUCACGGUGAUGAUUUCAAGGCCUUGAUCUAUAAGUUCAUGAUUAAUGGGAGCUUAGAUAAAUGGUUGCAUCCAAGUCAGACAGUUGCUGAGACAAUGGACAGACCAAGAAGCUUGAGUUUUUCUGAGAGGUUGAACAUUGCUAUUGAUGUCUCUAUGGCGGUUGAUUAUCUCCAUCACCAUUGUGAGACGCCCAUAGUUCAUUGUGACCUGAAGCCAAGCAACGUUCUUCUCGAUGAUGAUAUGGUUGGGCAUGUUGGUGAUUUUGGACUGGUCAGAGUCCUUCCCAAGGCUUCUGCUAAUCAAUCAAGCUCCGUAGGAGUAAAAGGCACCAUUGGCUAUACUCCUCCAGGUACAUAUGUUCUUUAUUUUCAGAGAGACCUAAAUUUGCUAAUCUUACUAAAUUUAAUAGUUUCAAGGCUUGAAAUUAAGUACUUGUAUACCCAAUAG